AUGUCUGGAUACAAGAACGAGCCUAUUGCCAUCAUUGGCAGCUCUUGCCGCUUCGCCGGCCCCGCCACAUCUCCAUCCAAGCUCUGGGAGCUUCUCAAAGAACCCAGAGAUGUCUUGAGCAAAAUUGAUCGCUUCGAUGCAGACCACUUCUAUCACCCCGAUGGCCACCACCACGGAACGAGCAACGUCAGACACGCAUACAUGCUUGAGCAAGAUGCAAAGGCAUUUGACGCUUCCUUCUUCAGCAUUCAAGCUGGUGAAGCCGAAUCUAUCGAUCCUCAGCAGCGUCUCAUGCUCGAGACCAUCUACGAGGGUCUUGAGGCUGCUGGGCUUACUCUCGAUAGCUUGCAAGGCUCAGACACUGCUAUGUUUUCGGCUGUCAUGUGUGAGGAUGCUUCUGGAAUCGCAUUCCACGACAACGAGUCAAUUCCCAAGUACGCUGCCACUGGAACAGCCCGUUCAAUGCUCGCAAACCGUAUGUCAUACUUCUUCAACUGGAAUGGUCCCUCGAUGACCAUUGAUACCGCCUGCUCGUCAUCUUUGGUUGCUGUUCACCAAGCUGUUCUCUCACUAAGAGCUGGCGAGUCUCGUAUCGCAGUCGCAGCUGGUACAAACAUCAUUCUUAGCCCUCGCAACUUCAUCGCUGAGAGCAAUCUCAACAUGCUUUCGCCUGACGGCAGAUCCCGCAUGUGGGAUGCCAACGCAAAUGGAUACGCUCGUGGAGAAGGAGUCGCCUCUGUUAUCUUGAAGACAUUGACUCAAGCUCUUGCUGACGGCGACACUAUCGAGUGUAUUAUCCGCGAGACUGGAGUUAAUCAAGAUGGUCGCACACCUGGUAUCACCAUGCCCAGCUCCAACGCUCAGUGCGAUCUGAUCCGAUCCACGUACUCCAAAGCUGGCCUCGAUCUUACUAAAAGCUCUGAUCGACCUCAAUUCUUUGAAGCACAUGGAACUGGUACCAAAGCUGGAGACCCUCAAGAGGCCAGAGCCAUUUACAAUGCCUUNUUUGCCGACACUGGAGCCGAAGACAUUCUUCAUGUCGGAUCAAUCAAGACCGUUGUAGGACACACCGAGGGAACCGCAGGCGUAGCAGGUCUAUUGAAGGCGUCGCUUGCGAUCCAAAACAAGACCAUUCCUCCCAACAUGCUUUUCGAGACAUUGAACCCGGACCUGAAGACCUAUACUAAGAACUUGAGGGUACCUACCAAAGCUUUGGCAUGGCCAGAGCUCCCUAAGGGUACUCCUCGUAGAGCCAGUGUUAACAGCUUCGGCUUCGGUGGUACCAAUGCCCAUGCCAUCAUUGAGGCAUAUGAGCCAGCCGAGAGUCAGGUCUCCAGCGCGGUCGCUCUUCCCUUCACUCUAUCUGCACCGUCCGAGAAGGCACUUGGUAUGCAGCUCAGCACUAUGGUAGAAUUUCUGCGCGAAAACCAUGACGUCGAUCUUUCACAGAUGGCAUUGACGCUGGCACAACGAUCUACUCUGACCAUCCGGACAGCCAUCUCUGCCCUGACCAGCGAGUCACUUGCUGAGAAGCUUGAGGCUAAGCUUGAGGCAAGAAAGGCCAGCAACACGCCACUCGGCAACAGAGCUGCGAAGGACUCUCAGAACAUCCUUGGUAUCUUCACAGGCCAGGGUGCUCAAUGGGCUGCCAUGGGACGCGAGUUGAUUCUGUCCUCGUCCUUCGUUGAGAACAUUGUCGACGAACUCGAGCAGUCUCUCGCUCAGCUACCUGAGUCAAGCCGUCCUUCAUGGUCACUCAAGCGCGAAAUGUUGGCCAAGGGCAAGGAGUCACGCAUUGGAGAAGGACUGAUGUCUCAGCCUCUUUGCACCGCCGUCCAAGUCAUCUUAGUCAACCUGCUCACCGAAGCUGGUAUCUCCUUCAGUGCAGUCGUCGGCCACUCCAGUGGUGAGAUCGGUGCUGCCUACGCUGCUGGAUUCAUUUCUGCUCACGAUGCCAUUCGUAUUGCCUACUACAGAGGUUUCUAUGCUAAGUUUGCCAAAGGAGCCAAUGGCGAGAAGGGAUCUAUGCUUGCUGUCGGUACAUCUAUGGAUGAUGCCGAAGAGCUCUGCGCACUUCCCAGUCUCGAAGGCCGCAUCCAGAUUGCAGCAUCUAACUCAUCCUCCAGUCUGACACUCUCUGGAGAUGAGGAUGCAGUGGCAGAAGCCCUUGAAAUUCUCAAGGAUGAGAACAAGUUCGCCAGACAACUCAAGGUUGACACCGCAUACCACUCUCAUCACAUGAUCCCUUGCUCGGACAAGUAUCUCAAGUCUCUGCAAGAUUGCGGUGUUCAAAUUCUGACGCCAGCCGAGAACGCUCCAAGAUGGUUCUCGAGUGUCUACGGUGGUGAUCAGAUGUCUGAAGACAACGAAGACCUGACGGGACAAUACUGGGCUGAGAACAUGCUGCAGCCUGUCUUGUUCUCGCAGGCUCUGACUGCCGCUCUGGAUGAGGCUGGAGCCCCAGCUCUUGUUAUGGAGAUCGGCCCUCACCCAGCUCUCAAGGGCCCCGCAAGCGCGACUAUCGAAGAAAUCAUCGGCAAUGGCAUCCCAUACAUUGGUACGCUUUCACGCAACGGCCAUGAUGUAGAAUCUCUUUCUGAAACGCUUGGCUCAAUCUGGACAUAUCUUGGUCCUUCUACUCCCAACUUCAAGGCCUACAACGCCGUGUUUGGUAACGUUGGUCAGAAGAUCAUGAAGAACUUGCCCCAGUACACUUGGGAUCACGACCGUACUUACUGGUACGAAUCCCGUAUCUCCAGGCUCUUCCGUGCUCAGCGACCCCAGACCACCCACGAGAUCCUGGGUAUUCGCAUGGAUUCAGAGCUUGAAGGCGAGCUACGCUGGCACAAUUUCCUCAAGCCAAGCGAGAUCUCUUGGCUACGUGGUCAUACUGUACAAGGUCAGGUCUUGUUCCCAGCUGCUGGCUUCGUUGCUUUAGCAGUUGAGGGAUCCAAGACGAUCACUGCCGAUGAGCCGGUCGCUCUGAUCGAGUUGCAUGACUUCAGCAUCCACAAUGCUUUGGCAAUUGCAGAUGAGACUUAUGGCGCUGAGAUCAUCUCAUCAAUCAAGAAUAUCGUCAGAGAAGAAAAUGUCAUCACUGCUCAGUUCAGCUGUGAUGCUUGCACAAACAGAGAUGUUGGAAGCAUGUCUAGCAUGUCUAGUGGCAAGCUUGUCAUCAGAAUUGGAGAGCAGUCUCAGUCUGCUCUUCCAAUCAGACCAACACCCGAACACGAGCUGAGAAAGGUCAACGUCGAGAACCAAUACGCCAGCUUCCAAGAUAUUGGUUACAACUACAACGGCAUCUUCAAGUCCAUAACCUCGCUCAAGAGAACUACCAACCUGGCCAUGGGCAAGAUUCUUGUGCCCGAGGACACCGAGGGUGCAGAUGCUUCCUUCACAGUUCAUCCUGCUGUUCUUGAUGUUGGUCUUCAAGUCACUCUGUGUGCCAUUGGUGCGCCUUUCGAUAGUCGUUUGUGGACUCUGCAUGUCCCCACUGUCAUCAGGAGAAUCAAGAUCAACCCCAUGGCAUGCCCUGCUGAGGGUGGUCGUGGUUCAGAAGUUCUUGCCAACUCUGUUCUUGCUAAGCAGGAGCCUGGUGACCACGGCUUCACCGGAGAUCUUUCCAUCUAUGACCCUACAGGCACCAACUGCUUCGUCCAGCUCGAAGGUGUUAGAGUUGAGGCCCUCGCUCGUCCCAACAAGGCCAGUGACCGCCAUAUGUUCGCAGAGUCUGCUUGGUCUGUUGUUGAGCCUGAUGCUACUAUCUGUUACAAAGGCACUGUUGAGACCGAGUCUCAGAAGAACCUCUGCAUGUUGGUCGAGCGUGCUUGCUUCUUCUACCUCAAGCAGCUUUGGGAGACUGUCACUCCUGGAGAGCGCGAACAGUGUGACGAUGACCGCGUGGCUAUUCUCAACUGGGCCGAGCAUCUUGUUUCGACUACUGCCGAUGGCUCGCACCCGCACUUGCAACCCGAGUGGGUCAACGACACUGAAGCUACACUCAUGCCUCAGCUUUUGGCAGCUGCCGAGACCUACGAUGAUAUGCGCAAGGUCAUGUUCGCCGGCGAAAUGUUGAUUCCAUUCGUUCGCAACCAAGUCAGCAUGCUAGAAGAGUUCAAGAACCACAACCUCCUCGACUGGUUCUACAAGUCAUCCACCGAGAUUGCCGACUACAACGCCUGUAUGGGAGCAGUGGUCAAGCAGCUCACCCACCGAUUCCCCUACAUGAAGAUCUUGGAGGUCGGCGCCGGUACAGGAAGUGCUACUCAAAGCAUUAUCAAGGAAAUUGGAUCUAGCUAUAGCUCGUACACAUACACCGACAUCUCUGCUGGCUUCCUUCACGACGCCGCUGAGCUCUUCAAGGAUCACGGUAACGGCUUCAGCUACAAGGUCCUCGAUAUUGAGCAGGAUAUCGUUGAGCAAGGAUACACCGAGGGUGCAUACGACUGCGUGGUUGCCAGCAAUGUUCUGCACGCAACAAAGUCACUUGACCAGACCCUGAGCAAUGCUCGCAAGUUGUUGAAGCCUGGUGGCUACCUCGUGAUGCUCGAGAUUACUCAAGUUGACUGGCUUCGCACCGGCCUCUUCUUCUCUUGCAUCCCAGGGUGGUGGGCUGGUGUCGAGGAUGGCCGCCCCUACACUCCGUUGGCCACCGAGACACAGUGGGACUCCGUCUUCCGUCGCACAGGCUUCUCAGGCAUCGACACUGCUACACCUGCAGCCAAAACCAUUAUGGGACCCUACUCUGUGAUGGUUACACAAGCACUCGACACUCGCAUGGAAAUUAUGAGAACUCCUCUUGCCUCAGCUCCAGAGAAGCAGGUUUGCGAGAAACUUCUCAUCGUCGGAGGUGAGAAGGAAUCCACAUCGCGAAUCGCUCAUGAAGUGCAAGCGCUUCUCGAGCCAUACUACGGCUCCAUCUCAAUUGUGUCGAACCUGCGGGACGUUGGCCCUCACAAUUUCUCCGCCAAGCACGCUCUUCUGUCACUGACUGAACUCGACGAGCCUCUCUUCAAGUCAUUCAGCGAAGAGAAGUAUCAGGCUAUGCAAUUCGUCCUCGAUGAAGCUCGCAACGUUCUAUGGACCGUACAAGGAUCCAAGACACAGAACCCCUACGCCAGAAUGAUGAUGGCUGUAGCUCGAUGCUUGGCUGGUGAGCGUAGAGAUGCACUCUACAUGCAGACUAUCGACUCGAGCGUCAAUGAGUUGCCCCAGCCCCGCCUUCUUGCGGAGACAAUGCUGAGAAUGCAUAUCGCUGAGCAGUGGAGAAAUGCAGCCUACGAACCGCUCUGGUGCCUUGAGCGUGAGCUGCACGUCAAAGAUGGUGUUCUUGAGGUUGAGCGCUUUGUUCCAAGCGCAGAGCUCGACGACCGCUACAACUCUGACAAGCGCGAGAUCAAGAAGGCCAUGCCUUUGAACUCUACAAUUGUUGCAAUCAGCCAAGCCAAAUCUGCCUACCAGCUCAAGGAAUUCUUUGAUAUGCCGUUCAACAAAGAAGCUGUAAGAGCUGCCGAGAUGGUGACCAUAAACGUCCGCAAAUCUUUCAUCAGCGCUGUCAAGGUCAAGUCUGUUGGAUCUCUGUUCAUCGUCAGUGGAACACACGCCGAGACUGGCAAGAAGCUGCUGGCCUUUACACAGACUUUGCAGUCCUCGGUAUCUGUGCCUCAAAAUUGGACCAUCGAGUGCGAUGUCGCGGACGAGUUUGAGAGCAAUGUUGUUCUGGCCGCUGCCACUUACAGUGCUGCUGAUGCGAUUAUUGGCAAGACUAGUCCUAGAAGCUCCUGUUUGGUUCACGAGGCCCCUUCGACCCUUGCGAAAACAUUGCUCAAGGUCGCUCAGGAAAAGAAGGUUCCGAUGCGUCUCACAUCAUCAAAGUCAUCGGACAGCAUCUAUCACUACAUCCACCCCUCAACUUCUCAAGCACUGAUUGGAUCCCACAUUCCCCAGGCCCUCUCAGUCUUUGCUGAUCUUUCUGGAAACUCUACUGAACACGACAAUGUUGGUGAUCGCAUCACUCGCGAGAUCUCCGCUGUAUGCAAGCGUAGGGAUAUCUCAGCUAUCUUCAGCAACGACGGAUAUGUUGACUCGGAAGAUGAUAUUGCAAAGACCCUUCGCAAGCACUAUGUUCGCGCAAUCGCUGAUCUCGGAUCAUUCCAGAGCUCCGACAUUGUCUCUCUGGCAAGCUUGCCUGACACUCCGGUCCAGCCUGCCAGCCUCCGUGUCGUUGACUGGACUACAAACGCGUCAGUCCCUGUCUCGACUUCUUUGGUCAACGAGCAACUUCGUUUCCGCUCAGACGGCACCUACUGGAUGGUCGGUGCGACUGGUGAGCUUGGCUUGUCCACUUGUCAGUGGAUGGUCAACCGUGGCGCUAGGUACUUCGCUUUGACCAGCAGAAACCCCAAGGUUGAGCAAGCUUGGCUGAACACCAUGGCUGCUCAAGGCGUGACAGUCAAGAUCCUCGCCAUGGACGUGACCAGUAGGGAUUCUGUUCGCGCUGGUUACAAGGACAUUUGCGAUACUAUGCCUCGCAUUUCAGGUGUCACCAACGCCGCUAUGGUGCUCGACGACAAUCUGCUAGCCAACAUGCCAUACGAGUCAUUCGCAAAGACACUCAAGCCCAAGGUCGAUGGCACUAUCUUCCUUGAUGAGCUGUUCCCUGAGAAUACUCUUGACUUCUUCAUCGUGUACUCUUCUCUGGCUUAUAUUGCCGGCAACCACGGCCAAUCUCCCUACGCAGCAGCAAACGGCUUCAUGACUGCGCUUGCAGCUAACCGUAGAGAAAGAGGCCUAGCAGGCAGUGCUAUGAGUUUCGGCGCCAUUUCUGGAGUCGGCUACGUCGAGCGCCGCAGCGUAGACAUCAACCUCAGCCAAAAGAUGAGCAACCUGGGCUAUGCACCUGUCUCCGAAUGGGACUACCAUCAGUUCUUUGCCGAGGCGGUACUCGCCUCUCCCUCCGACUCUGGCAGAAACUUUGAGAUCUCAAGUGGUUGCAAGGUCUUCGACGUGGCCAAGGAGCCCAACCUUCCUUACUGGCUUGACCUGCCCAAGUUUGCUUACUACCGCCGCGUCAAGGCCGACGCCUUUGCUGAGCAGAGUGACAAGCGUCAAGUCUCUGUCCGCGCACAACUCAAGGAGCAAACCACCGAGGAAGGUGUGCAAAAGGUCCUUCUAGACCGCUUCAUCUCUGGCUUGUGCACCAUGCUGCACAUCAGCGAAGACGAAAGCAGAGUCACCCCUGAGACUGGACUCACCGAACUUGGUAUCGACUCCCUGGUUGCCGUCGAGAUCAGAUCCUGGUUCCAGAGCGAACUUGACUUGGACAUGCCAGUGCUGAAGAUCCUCAGCGGUGCUAGUAUCGAAAAGAUGGUGGAGGAUGCAUUCGAGAGACUUUCGCACGAACUGACCCCUGAGGUCAAGAGAGAAGCUAAGGUUGUGGAGACUCAGGCAGAGCAGGAGAAGGUGUCUCCUAGCGAGGAGAGCUACCAAAGCGAGACACUUGUGUCGUCGGCAGAUGUGUCGGAUGCUUCGAGCAGUGAUGGAGAGUCGGCAUGA